AAAAACUCGUAUCGCAUAACAAUCAUUCGGGUAUCAUUUCUGAACGUGCUAUUUAUAAGCUUUCAAUCCUAGCAAACCAUCGCUAUUAAAAGUUACACAUUCUCAAGCUUGCAAGCGACAACUUAGAGCAAAGAAAUAUAUGGUAGCUUUUUUUGAUGAUUUUGUUUCAGUAUUGCCUGCUUUAGGCGGAGCGAGCAACAUAUAGCGAGUGUUUCACGAAAGAAUCAUAAACGAUUGCACUCAAGCGAUCGCAAUGAUUCUUUCAAAUGUUGGUUGUUUGUAGGCGUAAUUGGGCUACUCCACGUCGUGCUUUCACCGUGAUAUACCAUGAUGAUUCUUGGUGAUUUCAAGUAUCAGAUGCUAAUGCACCAUGCUACAAUUUCCGUAAGCAUUGAUGAUACCUAUUUGCUCCGGCAAGCAAAUAAUUGAACGCAAUCUAACGUUCAUUUGGAUUCAUAAUUUUGUAUCAUUGGCGAUAAUAUCUCAGAGCUUCUCGCGAUAAUUUUGAAUGCAAGUGAACUUGGAUACAAUAAAUACUAUCGUGUUUGAAUCAUUCAGUCUCCUUCUAUGGUAUUCGUAACUCUUAGAAGCGAAAAACAAUCAGCAGCGUUUCUGUGGAAAACUUGUACGCGAGUGGAAAUAGUUGAACGAUAACUGAUAAAUCAAAGAACACAUUUGCAUGAAAUAUUGCUAGUGAGUGAACUUUUCCAUGCUUGGUGGUCGGUAUUACCGACUUUUCGAAAAACCGGUAUUUCGGUAUUCAUAAAAAUAAAAAUCGGUAAAACCGGUAAAAAACCGGUAUUUUCAUUUUUUUCGGAUUUAUGCAAACCAGGGGCGACUCGUGUUCUUUUAACCUACUUGUUCAACUACAAAAGUCUGAAAAUCAUAGUUUAGGGAAGUGAUGACAAUCAUGUCCGCAAAAAACGCAAGUUAUUCUCACUGUACUAUUUAAAAUAAAACUAAAAAAUUUACAUUAAAUUCGAUUUUGAAUUUAUUUUUUGCUCAGCGUCUCAGGUUGCAUCUAUGGACGUGUCACUGCAUAACUAUGGUUUUGCAUUUAUGAGUACCUAUGCUUUAUUACGAUCCAGAUUUUUUGUAAGAUUUAGACCAUUGCACAUAGGAGUACGUAGAACAAAAACUUGGCCAAAAUUUUUUUAAUGAUUUUUCAGAUAGCAAAUCUAGAGAAACAUUUCAAAAGGUCUAUCUGCUUUGAUCGAUUUUUUGAUCGGCCACUUUCAUUCAAUCACCGCAACUUAUUAAACAUCUUUUUUGACACGUUAUUUGCACAAGUUGAUAGCGGAGGGAUUACUCUAGCAUCUGAACAAAAAACUCGCUUGGGAGAGUUACUUAAGCUAAACAUUUCCAAAAUGAAAAGACGUUUCGGAAAAACGAUGAAAGCAGAUAGGACCUUUUGAAAUGUUUAUCAUUUACAUUGUUUAUCAUUUACAUUUCUAAUGUGUUUUAAAGUGGUUUUAUCUCUAUUAAACUUUAUAUUUAGACAUAAAAACUUAUUAUUAACAAGUUUUCGUCAAGUUAGAUCACCAUCACUCUGAAAUUCGAAAAAAGUACAAAUAUAGUAAGAGCUUGUUCUGGUGAAUACUUUUUUGCCAAUAAUUGAUUCUGCUACUUUUAAAGCGUUUUUUAAAUCACACACAAAAGGAUAUGAAUAUUUUGGAAACCACAGUGCUUCCAGUAGAUCAUUGAGUCAUGUUAACUGCGUAACUCAACUCAUCCAAUGGUACAUUUUCUCUUAGCAUUUGCGUUUUGCGUCCCUUGCUUCGAAUACUGCAUUCAAUCCUUUCCUUGGCCGACAUGAAUGUGAAGCUUCCGACCAACUUUACAAUUUCAUGAUUAACCCUUAAAUGCGCAAUGUUGCUUUAAAACAACACUACUAAAAACGUUUUAAAAUAUACGUAUUUUAGUAUUUUUUAGAAAUAUAAUUCAUUAGACCAGCUCUCUUGACUCUAACGAAGAAACUCAACAGCUGGAAGUACUCUUUUUGAAUGUUUUGUUUUUAUUUUUGCUGUCAAAAUCUCGUAAACGAAAAAAAAACAUGGCGAGAUUCCCGACUGGUACUGACUGUCUUUGUAAAUAAAUUUUAAAAUAAGGUUAGUGGUUAGUGGAAAUGUCUGAAUUAUCAGUAAUUAUACUAACAAAAGGUCAAUUUUGAAGUUACAGUUAACAAAAAAAGUGUUUCGACUUUAUUCUGCGAUAAAGUCACAGUGUUGUUUGAAAACAACAUGGUAAUAUUUUUGGCAGAUUAAAAAGUAAAUCUUUCAAUUUUUUUAUGCAUAUUGGUUAGUUUUAGAGCAGUUAACCUGUUAAACAAAGAUUUUAUAUUUUUAGCUGGUUUUUUAACGUCGUGCGCAUUUAAGGGUUCAGCUAUAACAAUUUUGUCAUAUUUCGAAACUGUCGAUUUUAUUUGAACUAAAGCGACUACGUUGACGCUCAAGAAUCACUUUAAAGUUAUAAUAACAUGAGUAGAAAUUUAUAUUUUUCGUAGAACAUUUUGUGACUUAUUCAUGGGCUCUAACUAAUACCAAGGUUAUGAUGGUUACUGUCGUUUGUAAACAAUUCAGAAAAUAUAAAGAUGGGCUGUAUACAAUGUAGUAAGUAUCAGAGAAUGCAAAAAGAAUCAAUAGCACGAGGAACACUUAAAUUAUUUUUUUCGUAUUUUGGGCAGCUUUUUUGACUGAAAUACUCCUAUGUGCACUGCGACCAUUGUUUUGAUCUCUUGUGGUAUACGAUCCAGAUACAUUUAACAGUGUUUGAAAAAUUUCAAUGAAUGAAUCGUGUGAUAUGAUAACGAAGAACAUAAUUUCGAAACUCAUAGGAACAAAAAAAACAUGCAGAUUUUUAUUUCAACUUCAAAAUUCUUAGAAAAACUGAAACUGUUGAGAAGAGUAAAUGAAUGAAGAAGAAAAUAAAAUGAUGAUCAGACAAGAAUCCAAGGGAACCGAAGGUAAAUACUUCUCUAUUCGGAUCUGUCUGUUUGAACAGUUCGUCCAAAUUCAGUUUAACCUGAGAAAACAUUUUUCUCAGCUAGAAAUAUGGUUAAUAAAAUCCACUGCAGUAUGGGCGACGAAGCUUUGACCAUUCUAUAGCUAUUUAAAUGUAAUUUUUUCAAGGGACAGUUAUUUUUAGGAUGAAAUUCUUCAUUGAUUGAUUAUUUCAUCCUGUAAACACUUUGUAUCAGGAGCAACUUGUCCAUAACUAGGUUCAACCUGUGCAAUGCACACGGAGAUACCUAACGAAAAAUAAAUUCCUAAUCCAAAUUUAUAUUUUUAUCUAAUUUUUUUAGUUUUACCUUGAGAUAGCACAAAACGAAUAAUGACUUGCGUUUUUUCGCGACCAUGAUUGUGAUUGCUGCCUCAAACUAUGAUUUUCAGAAUUUGUAGUUGACUAGUAGGUUAAAAACUGACUAGUCGCCCCUGUAAGUAUGAGUGUGUAUAGAGAUUAGCUGUUUUACUUAGUAAAUAAAUUUAUGUUCAAUGUUGCUUUUGUGUAAAUGUAUUUAUUAUAUACACCGUCAUAUGAUUUUUAACGCCUACCUAAGUUGGUAGCAUUCAUUAGCCCUACAAUAAUUUAUGAAAAUUGUGACAAGUUUUUUUUUCAAAUUUUAAGAAAAAUACCGAAAAUACCGGUUUUUUCGCCUCUCCAAUACCGGUAUUUCGGUAUUGAAAAUAUAUCGGUUUUACCAGUAAACCACCCCUUCCGGAUUUGCAAAAUCUCUAGCUAGCGGCCUUACCGUAGUUAACCGGAACAUUCGCCAUGGCGGACGAAAACAUGCGUGUAGGCAUGUUGUUGAGUUUUUUCUUCGAUAUUCAACCGCUCAAUGGGCCGCGUAAUGGGCCGACGCCAGAUCCGGCCAAAAUACCACAUCUUUCGUCUUAUGGUAUUUCUUGAUGAACGACGCAACUUCCGGCAAACACUAUGUACUAUAAAUUUCUCCUUUCUCGGCCAGUAUGAAGGGAAAGAAGAGCGGCUUUGACAUCCCCUUCUCACUGAUUGUCAGCCACAGCAGCACCUUUGUGUGUGAAAUGAACUUCACCUCCGUGCUCACUUUCUUCAUGGGGAAAGUGAAAUACGAAGUGCCCUGCCAGUCGUCGCCACCCAGGAAGAGACAGGACUCGUCGUUAGUCACCACCUGGCCGGGAAAAUCAACUUGAUCAUCUUAUGCAGGCGCUGCCGCUGCGUCAUUGCCUGCAACUUCGAGACCAGUGGACUAAACUGCCGCUUCCUGACAUGUAUGUCCAUGUUCACCUAUGUCUGGUUGCACCGACCUCACAGCCCAGUGCCUGCAGCGAUGUAGCCACUUUUCCCUCGGUCCUUCUCCUCAGCAUCCUUCAGACCUUCUUGUCGCUGAGAGUCGUCGGCGUCUGAAACCGAACUUUCUUUAGAUGCUAUGAUUGUUGUCCAUAGUGCCUAAAUGUUGUAGAUGCCAGAACGAGGCUUGGGAUAAAAACCGCGCCAAUUAAUCGUUUCUAUAUCAACAAUCGUGUGUCGAAACGUUUUUAUAACAUGAGCACACACACAUACUCGCACAUGCACACACACAUGCACUCUUACGUCAACUUUGCAUAAAGGAGUAGUAUUGCCUUUGCGGUUUAUAAGUGAACUUUUUUCUUUGCCCAGUCUCAAGUUAUAUAGUCGGUUGUAAUACUAGUUUCAAAUCACAUUGAUUAAUAUUGGUUUACAGAAAAAAUCUGUAUGUUUGGUGUAUAAAAACAAAACAAUUGUUAAAAGUCUUAGAUGCUCAUUUCGGACGGAUAAUACAACUUGAAGCACUAACAAUUGGUUCCUGGAAUAGCGUAAUCACAUCCAGUAUUGACAGAUCUGUGAAAAUAUGGAAUAUUAAUAACAUCUUCGAGCAAGUACAUGUUAUUGAUCGGCAUGAGCUACAAAUCGAUAGCAUAAGUUUGUCAGAGAACGGCGAACUUGCUGUAACUGUAACACGAGGUUGCGUUGGAGUCUGGGAAAUUCGAACUGGGCGACUUUUGUCUAGACUAGCUGAUAGCCCUCUGGGAGCUAUCGUCACUCACGCUGAAAUAACUCCCAAUGGAAAACACAUCGUUUCAUCUGAGACCGGCAAAAUGCUUAUAUGGAAUCGAGUGACUGAACAAGUACUAUUUCGCAAUUCCCAACCAGGUAUACAACAACUUAUCUUUUUGGAGCGGGGUGAAAAAAUACUGGCUGUUUCUUGUUCAAAUGCAAACUGCUUAUCUUCUACUACAUUUACAGAAGAGCAAAAAUUAAUGGCUAAUGUUACUGCUUACAAAAUUCCAAGUGGACAAAUUCUUUUUAGUUUUGAUUAUCCAGUUCAUGUUAUACCUGGAAUGCCUUUUCGUUGUGCUGCGAUAACGAUGGACAACCAACACAUAGUUUGUGUUUCAGCAGACAAAAAUAACAGAGAUUCUAUUUGGGUUUACAAUGCUAUUAAUGGAGAACACGUGCACAAGAUGUCUUUAAAAUGGUGUAAUAUUAAAGAAGUAGCAUCCCUGCUGCCGUUCGCUCAUAAACCAUCACAGGUUGCGGUAAUUUCCAAUGAAAAAGGUAGCAUCAUUGAUAUUAAAACAAAGAAACAUAUCCGCUCUAUUCCAAAAUGGGGAGGUAUAAGCACUAAAGAUGGCAAAUAUGGACUGUAUGCACCAUCACGUGGAGGAUUAGAGUUACUAGAACUAAAAAGAGGUUCUACGGUCAAAACAUUCAUACCAAAGGUAGCAGAAGGUGUUUUUACAGUUAUCUGUAUGUUCACUGACACGGACGAGUACGUUCUGUAUUAUCACAGUGGUAGAAAAACAUUGAGAGUUUUUCGUACAAGUGACACACAAAUGAUCGCUAACUAUCGCAUGCAAGCCGAAUUAACUUCCAUUAAGAGCACAUUUGAUGGAAAAAGUCUGGUUUUAGGUACAGUAGAUGGUUGCAUAUCCGUACUGGCGGUUGCCGAUCCGAACAAGGUUGAAAUGCAAUAUUUUCUGAGAGAACUGCCUUCACGUGAUGCUGAUUGGAAAAAAAAAAUGGCAAAACAAAAGGCCUCCGCAAGGUUUAAAGCAGUGAUGCAGCUUGCCUCGAUUUCGACGCGAUUCGGUUCUCCAGUUGUGGACGGCAGCAAAGAUGAUAACGUAGACCAGUAAAUAUGAAUUGAUUUAUUUUUUCUAUGCUUUAACAAAUAAAUGUUGUUACACCUCA